AUGGAAAAUCGGUGCGCGGGUUUUGCGACCGACGAUUUGCGCCGGGGUCGGGACGGUGACGCGAGCCUUGGGCAGCUGGAGCAACGAUGGCAGCGACGCUCGGAGCUCCGGCGAAGGUUGGCCGGCGGCGACGGUGCUGCUGGUGGCCGCAGCGAGGCGGCGGAGGUGUUGCUGGUGGAGCGGCGGUGCGUCGGCGACGGGCUUCUGCAGUGGGCGGUCAAGGCGGAGCGGCGAGGGCGUCGGGCGCUGCUGCAGGCGCGGCAGCGGGCGAGCGUCGGCGGAGGCGUCGCUGAGGGCGGCCGGACGGAGGUGAAGCGCCGGGCGAAGAGAGGCGCAGCAGCAGCGGCGAGCGGGCAGAGGUGGCGCGGGCUGCUGGUGCAGUGGCAGGUGGCGUCGGCGACGGGCGGAGAGCAGCUCGGUUACAGCGGGCGAAGCUCGGAGGCAGCAGCGGAGGCAGAGGCGCGUUCGGAGCGGGGCUCAGGCGGCGGGAGACGCGCGGUCGUCGGCGCUCGGGGUUGCAGCGGUGGUGGUGCGGGCAGAGCGGGGCGGAGCGAGCGGACCCGCAGGCGUUGGGAGGACCAGCAGGAGUCGGGCGCUGGCAGACCGGCAGGCGUGGGGACGAGGGCGGACGCGGGGACGAGCAGUGACAGGUGCUCGCGGCGUCGGCGAGGAGGCGUGGGCGUCGCUCAAGGGGCGGAGGCGUUGCGACGGCGGGUCGUCGUGGGUCAGCAGGCGGGCACGGAGCGGUGGUGGCCGGGAGCGGCGGUGCUCGCGAAGACGUACAGCGACUGA